AUGGCAAUACGGUCCAGUAGCGUCUGGGGAAGUUGGCGACCUGUCAAUUUGAAGGCCAAGCUUUGGAAUACCAUCAGCACCAAUUACCACCUAGGUUUCACAUCCUUCGGCGGCCCCCCAGUGCACUUCAAGAUCUUCCAAGACAAAUUCGUCCAGAAGCUGCAAUGGAUCGACGAUCAAGUGUAUCAGGAACUUUUCAGCGUCUGCCAGGCCUUCUCUGGGCCUGGCAGCACCAAGAUGCAUUACUGCAUUAACCUAAUUCAUGAUGGUUUUCUCCCUGCUUUACUCAGUUUCUUCAUCUGGAGCUUGCCCGGGGCUCUAGGAAUGUAUGGGCUUUCUAUCGGAGUCUCUAACAUUGGAGAUACUCUUCCUGGUCCCGUUUACGCACUCCUCUCGGGCCUCAACGCGUCAACUGUGGGCAUUAUCGCAGUCGCUGCCGCUCAAUUGUCGGAAAAGGCCAUCACCGAUAGGAUAACUCGAUUACUCGUCUUUUUUGGAGGUGCGGCGGGGAUUCUGUAUAAUGCGCUUUGGUACUUUCCUCUUCUCAUGUUCGUGGCCGGGUGUGCAACCGUCGUCCAUGACUAUAACUGGCUUCAUGGCCCUAUCAAGACUGUAGUGGGUUUGAUGAAGAAUCCGACAAUACGGCUUAGAGCACAAGAGCCAGAGUCUAUCGAGCUUUCACAGGCACAAUUUGUCGACCUGGAUAAUAAUGCUACGACCACUGCCGCUUCUCUCAGUACUACCAGGGAACAUGAUGCGAUGGCCCGCUCGAGCCGUGCAAUUAAUGCACGGACUCUCCCUGUUGCCGAGAAUUCACAUGCGGGGGCCGAAGCAGAACCACGCGUCAUCCCGUCAGAGCGGUCUCUCAACUUUUCCUGGAGCUUUGGCCUUGGUAUUAUUAUCUUGUUUAUCAUCACCUUCAUCGCAAUUAUGGUCCUUCGUGGCGAAUUGCCGGUCAAGACGUAUCUCUUUAGUUUCUUCGCCAACAUGUAUCUCGCAGGGACUAUUAUUUUCGGCGGCGGUCCUGUUGUCAUUCCACUGCUCCGCGAAUAUGUUGUUGCUGAAGGCUGGGUUAGUCCACGCGACUUUCUUAUCGGCCUCGCGAUUCAACAGAGCUUUCCCGGCCCCAACUUCAACUUUGCGGUAUAUCUCGGAGCUCUGACAGCGAUACAUGGUGGAUACAAUUCGGCUGUUGGAGCAAUACUUGGAUUUAUUGGUAUAUUUGCUCCGGGCCUUAUUACAGUCCAUGGUACAAUGGGUAUUUGGAGCGCUAUUCGUGGCCUUAGAUGGGCCAAGUCACUCCUAAGGGGGGUUAAUGCCGGUUCUGUGGGACUUAUCUACACCGCGGUUUAUCGCUUGUGGCAAAUCGGGUAUAUUGACGAAAGCUUCCAGCAGGGCACGAGCCUGGCACAGGAGCCUUGGUGGGUUGUUGUCACAGCCUUGAGCUUUGUCUUUGGCUACUCAUUCAACUUAAGCCCUCCAAUUACUAUCAUCAUGGGCGCCGUCUUGGGCCUCAUCUGGUAUGCAGUCAGGCUCCCUUAG